AAGAGAAAGAGCGACGUGGCAAGCAUCUAGUUAAGAAAGAUUCGGAUAUAGAUCGUACGGUUAGAAAUGCAUUAUUAAUUAGAUGAUCUGUAAGUUCAAACACCGUAUAUCUCACCUACGACUUGAACAAAGCUCGUGUUUGCUGUGUGCCUUUUUCUCUUAACUACCCACACUUUCCAGUUUCCACAAUCAUAUCUUAUUCCCAACAACAACAAUUAGAUGGCUUUGGGUGUAGCUGCUGUUCCGUUCACAUACGUUGCUCACGUUCUUGGUGUUGUCGCAAUCGUAUUGGUCUUCGUUUGGAACUUACAUUUCAGAGGUGGUUUAGCUUGGAAUUCUGACAACAAAGCUCUCAUCUUCAAUCUUCAUCCUGUUCUUAUGCUUACUGGCUUAAUAGUAUUUGGAGGUGAAGCUAUUAUAAGUUACAAAUCUCUUCCAUUGAAGAAGGAAGUGAAGAAAUUGAUACACCUUGUUCUCCACGCAAUUGCAUUAGUACUUGGAAUAAUUGGAAUUGCUGCUGCGUUCAAGAAUCACAAUGAAAGUGGGAUUGCCAAUCUCUACAGCUUGCAUUCAUGGCUUGGAAUUGGGGUUAUUUCCCUUUAUGGCAUUCAGUGGAUAUUUGGGUUUGUGGUAUUUUUCUACCCAGGUGGGAGUUCCGAGUUAAGACGCGAGUCAGUUCCAUGGCAUGUACUAUUUGGGCUGUUUGUGUAUAUUUUGGCUCUUGCCACUUCUUCUCUUGGGUUUCUGGAAAAACUCACAUUCCUGGAGAGUUCAGGAGUGGCAAAAUAUGGUUCUGAAGCUUUCCUUGUGAACUUCAAUGCUAUAAUCACAAUCUUAUUCGGUACCUUUGUUGUAUUAUCUGCCAUAUCUCAAGCUCCACCAGCUGCUGAUGACUACGCACCCAUAUAGAUUUCUCUUGCCAAUGGCUUCAUGUUUUUAUGUAUUAGUUAAAAGUAAUAUCAUGUCUGCUGUUGUUAGUUUGUAUUUGGGACUAAGGGAAUACGAUAAUUUGUUUAUAUGGUUCGACUCAGCUUGUAUUUGAUCGUUAAUAGUAUCCACGAAACAAGAAAUUAUUGUUAUACAUUGAUUUGGAUCGGUAUAAUUUAUGGUGCAUUUGUGUGAAAA